UUUUUUUUUGGUAGAUUCAUCUGAUUAAAGGAGAAAAGCUAUAUAAAUGAUUUAUAUAAAAAACCUUCAAACAGCUCCCAGCUACGUACCAAGUGUCUUAGCUCGGCCCGUCCCCUUCCGUUAGUCACGGCCUGGACGGUCCUCAUGGCCCGUAUCUGUUUACGUAUUUCCGCGUUUUGCUCAAUCUCUGUGCCCUAGUCAGUGGGAUUAAAAACGGCAAGAGCAAAAAUCGCUGGAAUUCCGCCUGCGCUGCAGAAACAGCGGCCCUUACAUUCCACAUCGUCUACGUUAUAUAGCGCAAAUGCACGCAGCCUUUCUAUAUGUCAUAGUUAUUCCCAGGUUGCCCUAGUUCAUACUAUGACCGACCUGCAUGUAAUCCUUGCGGAUAUCCUGGAGACUGCCCCACGGUCUAUGCAGGAUUCGCACUAAGAGAGGUUGAAGUAUUUAGAAUCCAGUCCCCGAGAAUAUGAAAGGAACAACGUUCACCAAUUGGACAGUUCGUCCAGAACAAAUACACGUUACUCUUACACAUCCGUUCUACGUCUUAAGACCAACCCCAACUACACCUUUAUCCCCUUUCCGGCUUCAGUCCAAACCACGGACGAAGACCGAAGUACCUGAAGGUAAGCCAGGCUUCUAAAGAAGACCUCGAGCGUUUCUAGAGAUACGAUCUGACGAUCCAAGAUAAUUCGAUAUAACGAUACGGACACCCUUAGUCGUUAUACUAUAUUAUGAAACAGCCUGGAGCUGUCUCUUAAACUACGAGUAGAUCGGUUUAUAGAUAGUUCAGCCUUAGUGGAUAGGCCUAGUCU